AUGACGAUGAUGAAGGCGGCAUUGGAAAUUUUCUUCAAAACUACCGAGUCCAAGUUCACCAUGGAUCACUGCUGGAGGGAGCUGAGACAUGACCAAAAGUGGUGCUCUGUCUACGGGCCGAAGGAGGGUGGAAAGGAAAAGCGUAAACAAGUGAUUGAUGUUGAUAGAGAAGAAGAGGAAGUCGGCGAACCAGAAGGUCGACCUCCCGGGGUUAAGGCUGCCAAAGCUGGUAUCAAGAAGAAGAAAAGUGGUAGAGAGGAGGAGCUGGGGAAGCUUCAGGGGGUUUUAGAAGUCAAAGAAAAAGUGUCUAGAGCUAAGAUUCUAGAUCGUUUACUCGCGAAGAAGGAGCCUUUAACUGAGAUGGAAACAAAUCUAAAAAUGAAACUAAUGUCUGAAAUGCUUUGA